AUGAGCAUGACCAUGAGGCCGGUGGGCAACGAGGAGUCCAAUGCCGAACGCGUGACGCUCCCGAGGCCCGGCGAGGGCCCCCGGAGGCCGACAACGGCGAUUUUGACCGAUAUUCGGGCCGUUGGAUGGCCCGGGUGGCACUUCGGAGGGCAGCGGCUUUGUCUGCACGGGGCGGCGCAGAUCUCUUGGGGGGCGCGCCGCCGAGCGGGCGCCGCGCACAGAGCCAGCGCACAGCCGCCCCUGCCAGCCCUGCCGGACUUGAGCUGCGCUUGGCGUCGUUGGAGCUUGUUGAUCCGCAGGCCGGGUUCCGAGAGAAGCUAG